AUGAAGUCGUUAGCAAUUAAUUUUAUGUCUCUGCUCCUCUCAGUUGGAGCAGUGGUUACUAAUUCUUGUUAUCAUAUUGGCAUCCAGUUCGCUGGAUUGUGUUCUGUUAUUUUCAAAAGCGUUUCUCGAACGGAUUUCAAGGACAGGAGAGGUGGUCUUCAGGAAGAGGCUGUGGCCGCUCUCAGAGAAGAGGUUGCACUUAAGGAAAGGGAGAUCACAGAAGCGAAACGAGCUUUCAAGGAGGAAAGCCGAAAAAACAAGAUCCUGCGAUCUAUGAUAGAAAUUCUGAGAGCACGCGCUUCCAAACGAGAAGAGGAUACGAAACGCGCCCAGACGAAGCAGGAAAGUGAAUUCAGACGUACAAUUACAGCUUAUACCGACCUUGAGAAAGACAUUCAAGUACUCAAGGAGGGACAAGAAGUCCUACAAAAACAGAUGGAACAACUCAUGAAUCUUCUGAGGAAAGAGGAAGAAAGGCCACUUGGCGAGCAGAGUCAUAUUAAUCAGGAUAUGAAGACGCCAAAGGGUGGGCCGACCGAGGCUAGACGAGAGAAAUAUUGGGAAGAAGAAAAUGUACAUCUUCACGAAUUGAUGGUUGAAAGUGAUUUGAGUUACUGUUCACUGGUGAAGAAAGAUUCGAACUGGCAUUCCAAUGAUUGUGAUUCGUCGUGGUGCGUAGUCUGUGAAUUGGAAUACAGGAUGAAGAAGGACGAAGCCGAAGCUUGGAAUGCGUCUGGGAGGAGGAAGAAUAAGAGGAAAAGGAAGGCGCCCAUGGCAUGCAGACCAAAACGUUGGAAUCCCAGGGAAAGCGCUUCUGGCUUAAAAUUCAACGGAAGCAUUGGAAAGGUGAGAAAGCCGCAAAAGAACAAGAGUCAGCCGAAGCGCCAUCUGAAUUAUUACGAGGACUAUGCCGAGACGCAGGCUCUGCGUGAGGAGCUCGCCAGGCAAGAUUCAGAGCUUGACUACAUGGAGGACCUGCUUAGCAUCGGCAAAAGCAAGUAUCAACGUCUCCAAAAGCGACUGGACUCUGAAAAGGAUCAUAACAGAUUACUGAUGAAUGAAAACUCGAAGAUGAGAGGAAACCUGGAAAAGCUCUGCGAAAUCGAGAAAGAACUGAGAAUCCAGCUUGACAGAGCAAACUGCUCUCUCGCCCGAAAGGACGAGGAAAUGGCAGAUAUGAAACGUAAACUCGAUGAGGUACAUUUGGCGUUUGCAAGCAAGUCCAAAAUUCAUGACGAGCAGGGUAACGCGUUGUUCCAGUGCCAGAAAGAGAAUGCAAAGCUGGAAGAGCAGGUCCAGAGACUCUGCAAGGAAAUUGAGAAAAUGCGGCAAGAAGAAAACUUGAGGUUGUGUGAACUCCAGCAGAAAGACAACCAGCUAAAUUUAAUGGAACAGCUGCUGAAGGAGAGGGACUCCGAAAUCAAGAGGGGACUCGGCGAAGAUCUGGAAUUAAGGGAACUCGUGGAUUAUCUGCAGGGACAGCUUGAAUGCAUCAAUCGGGAGAGGAACCAUCUGGCCGAGCAAUUAAAAAACCUAUUAUUGGUAUGUCGCCAUCAAAAGAUGGGGCUAUUAAAGUACGACAAGGUGAUACAAAUACUGAUGGAAUGGCGGGAAGGCGUCAGACAAGGAUUACAACAGAAGGACUUCGAAAUGGUGAUCGCCAACCGUCAAUAG